AGAUCCAGCCGCAGGAAAUCUUUUUUUUUUCUCCUGAAGUGGAACUAACGGACAAUCUGAUCACCGAUGAAUUCCGCCAAGUUCUCAGCGUUUGGAAGUGCGGAGUUGGGCAGGGGGAGUGGAGAAAAGCCGAGCGGUGCUGAGUGGAUUACUUGUCGAGUGACCCGCAACGAUGCCUCCGACUGAUCCCAACUUUGAUUCACGCAGAAAUUCACUCUCCGAGGAGCACUUCUGAACACUAUCAUCCGUACCGCUGCGGAGUUGAGGAACUCUUCUCCACCCUGUGAUCCACCCUGUGCGUCGGCUCUGCGCUGCAGAAGUUGUCAUUUAAAUGAAAUAGACAAAAGAUCACAUUCUAACUGGAUUAACACCAGCUGCUCUUAGAGAUGCCUGCCUGGUUUACAGGAAUUUACUGUCUACUGGCAUUGCUAAAGAUUUGCUCAGGGUCACGUCUUCGCCAGGAAGACUUCCCUCCCCGCAUCGUGGAGCACCCCUCUGACCUCAUUGUGUCCAAAGGGGAACCAGCCACUCUCAACUGCAAGGCAGAGGGCCGUCCAGCUCCCACGGUGGAAUGGUACAAAGAUGGGGAGCGCGUGGAGACGGACCGUGACAACCCCCGCUCCCACCGUAUGCUGCUGCCCAGUGGGUCCCUCUUCUUCCUGCGCAUCGUCCACGGACGGCGGAGCAAACCGGACGACGGCAGCUACGUGUGCGUGGCCCGAAACUACCUGGGCCAGGCCAUCAGUCACAAUGCGUCCCUGGAAGUAGCCAUUUUGCGUGACGACUUCAGGCAGAACCCCGUGGACGUGAUGGUUGCGGUGGGCGAGCCGGCGGUGCUGGAGUGCCAGCCGCCCCGAGGACACCCCGAACCCACCAUCUCCUGGAGGAAAGAUGGAACCAACUUGGAUGACAGAGAUGAACGCAUCACAAUUCGGAGCGGCAAGCUGAUGAUCACCAACACGAGGAAGAGCGACGCGGGGAAAUACAUCUGCGUCGGAACCAACAUGGUGGGAGAGAGGGAGAGCGAGAUCGCUGAACUCACGGUGCUUGAGCGGCCGACCUUUGUGAAGCGGCCCAGCAGUGUGGUGGUGUUGGCAGACGAGAGUGUGGAGUUCCACUGUGUGGUUCAAGGAGACCCUGUUCCCACUGUCCGCUGGAGGAAAGAUGAUUCUGACCUGCCUAAGGGCAGAUUUGAAAUCCUCGAGGACCAUACCUUGAUAGUUCGCCAAGUGACCUCUUCAGAUGAGGGCUCCUAUACAUGUGUGGUGGAGAACAUGGUUGGGAAGUCUGAAGCAUCCGCCACGCUUAAUGUACACGUCAAUACUGUGCCCCCAGCAUUUGCCAUACGCCCCAGGAACCAGGUGGUGGCAGUGGGCAGGACGGUCACCUUCCAGUGUGAGGCUACCGGCAACCCACAACCCGCUAUUUUCUGGCAGAGGGAAGGCAGCGAGAGUCUUCUGUUUUCUUACCAGCCGCCGCAGCCCUUCAGCCGUCUGUCUGUCUCCCAGAUGGGCAGUUUGACCAUUACCGAUGUUCAGCGCGCUGAUGGCGGCUUCUACAGCUGCCAGGCUCUCAACAUCGCUGGCAGUGUCAUUACCAAAGCGCUGCUGGAGGUUACAGACUCUGGGUCAGACCACCCUCCUCCUGUCAUUAGACAGGGCCCAAUCAAUCAGACUGUUUCUGUGGACAGCACCGUAGAACUGGGCUGCCAGACGGCUGGUACUCCACCGCCGACUGUCCACUGGAAGAAGGAUGGCGUGGUGGUAUCUCCCGUGGACUCCCGUAUGUCGCUAACAGAAACAGGAUCGCUGAAGAUUCACUAUGCUAAGCUGGGAGAUACAGGCUUCUACACGUGUGUAGCUUCUAGUCCCAAUGGAGAAGCUUCUUGGACAGCGUACCUGCAAGUAGAGGAGUUUGGAGUUGUUGUGCAGUCCGGACAACCGGCCGACCCCAACCUGAUCCCCAGUGCUCCAUCUAAACCUGACGUGACUGAUGUCAGCCGUACUUCAGUCACUCUGUCAUGGAAAUCUAGCACCACUGCUGGUGCAUCAGCUACAUCUUACAUCAUUGAAGCAUUCAGUUAUACAUUAGGCAGCAGAUGGGUGACCCUGGCUGAGCAUGUGAAGGCACAGACGUUUGUCGUGAGAAACCUGAAGCCUGGAGCUGUCUACCUCUUUAUGGUCAGAGCUGUGAAUGCUCACGGCCUCAGUGACCCCAGUCCAAUCUCUGACUCUGUCAGAACACAGGACAGCACCUCCACCAUGCAGGGAGUGGACCACCGUCACAUCCAGAGGGAGCUUGGAGAUGUUGUGAUCCACCUGCACACUCCAAUUGUCCUUUCAUCUUCUGCUGUCAGGGUGCAGUGGAUGGUCGAGCAGCAGUCCCCAUACAUCCAGGGUUACAAGGUGCUUUACAGGGCGUCUGCUGAGCACGGCCAGCCCGAGGCGCAGUGGAAUGUCCUGGAGGUACGUGCCCUGCGGGAGGACGGGGUGGUGAUCAGUCAGCUGAAGAAAGGAUCCAUCUACGAGUUCAAAGUGCGCCCCUUCUUUGAUGAGUUCCAGGGAGCUGACAGCGAAGUGAAGGUGGUCAGGACAUUGGAAGAAGCCCCUAGCAGGGCACCCCAGGGUGUUACAGUCACAAAGAGCGAUGCCAAUGGGACUGCCAUCCUUGUUUCCUGGAAACCACCUCCACAAACAGAAGAGGCUGGAGUCAUUCAGGAAUACAAGAUCUGGUGCCUGGGUAAUGAGAGUCGCUACCAUGUGAACCAGUCGGUGGAUGGCUCCACCUUCUCCGUGCUCAUUUCCAGUCUGGCACCAGGAAUUCGCUACAGUGUGGAGGUUGCAGCAAGCAACGGGGCUGGACCUGGAGUAAAGAGCGAUGUUGCUUUCUUUCAAUUAGACUCUACAGGCCAGAUGAUGGAUAUCAGUGAGGAGAGAGACACAUUGUCUCAGAUCUCAGAUGUGAUGAAGCAGCCCGCAUUUAUCGCCGGCAUUGGCGCCACCUGCUGGCUGGUUCUGAUGAUUUUCAGCGUGUGGCUCUACCGGCACCGCAAGAAGAGAAGCGGCCUCAGCAGCACAUACACUGGCAUCCGCAAGGUCCCGUCGUUCACCUUUACACCGACAGUCGCAUAUCAAAGAGGAGAAUCUGUGUGCAGUGCUGGCAGACCUGGCCUUCUCAGCAUGGGUGAACCUCUGAACCAGUUGUGGCUGCCAGACAAUUGGCCGAAUGCCUGUGCCAAUCACAAGGACUGUAGCAUUAACUGCUGCAACAAUGGCAACGGCACCAGUGACAGCAACAUGACAACAUACAGCCGACCAGCUGACUGCAUUGCCAACUAUGGAAACCAUCCAGAAAACAAACAGGGGGGACAGCUUGGUUCUGAGACAGCCAUAUACAGCGAUGUGAACCUAUCCAACAAGCUCAAUGAGAUUAAAACGUUCAACAACUCCAACUUGUGCUACGCAAGUCCGGGAGGAGACUCAACAGCCACAUAUGAGCCCAUUCCAUAUGCCACCACACAGCUCAUACAGGCCAGCAUUAAGAACAAGGCAGCCGCCGGUGGCUCUAUAGUGGAGCCUAUGGACAUACCGUGCUGGAAACAGCCCCCCAAUCUGCCUCCAAUACCGAAGGAGAUGGCAGCACAGAUGCAGUACAACCUGAUUGAGCAAAACAACAAAGAUCAUCUGCAAGGUGGUGAAGGAAUGGUGCAUCCUAAAACUAUUCCCUACAACCAAACCCGAGAUCACAGCACGGGAGGCUCACACCACAGUUCAGACAGAGGCAGCAGCAGCACCUCAGGGAGUCAAAACCAAAAGAAGGGAUCGCGGGCCCCAAAGAUCCCAAAGCAUAAUGCAGUAAGCUGGGGAGAAGCUCUGUCUCCUCCUCAUGCUAAUGCCUGGGACUGCGAUGAGUAUAGCCUGCCUAUGGAACGAGG